UGUAGAUAAAAGUUUGUGUCUAUAACCUAAACGACGAGAUUUGUGUAAACUUAUCCAUUAUUCACGUUUAAUAGUAUCCGAUAUCAAUAUUUUAUACCUAAAAAAUGUAACGUGAGAUUAUUUAUUUGAGGGUACUCGAAAUCAAUUACAAAAGCAAUAGCUUUUAUUUGAAGCAAUAAUAUUUCUUGCUGUCGGUUGUCACAAUUCGUUAAAAAAUAUGUCUGGAAAAGGGAAGCAAAGUUCUAAGAAAGCUGUCGUUAAAAUACGUGAAUCUGGGAAAACCGCACAAUCUUCAACGACGAAUUCUGAUGUGAGCUCGGAGGUACCAGAGCCAACAACUUCUCAGUUUCUUCUAAAGACGGUUGACACCAGUCGAAAUCUGCCAAGAUACACCAGUAUCUUAAAACGUACGGCAGAGGAAGGCAUUGGCAUGGAGGAUCUCGAUACACUACAACUAGAACUCGAGACACUUUUGUCAGCGGUUGUUGUACGCCAUCGCACACUUCAUGAUGAGAUCGCUAGUUUAUUUUCGGCGGAAGAGCGCAGAGACAGAAGAUCGAAAAGCGGUAAGAGUCUGUCGAUACUUGACAAGAAAAUACGUGAAGAGAAAUUCAAACCAAAGGAAAUCAACACCAAGAGUCAGUCGCCUUUGCACACAAAACUUUUUAAGCAGAAGACAGUAGGAAGUUCAGCCAGUCAAAUAGUGCCAAACUUACAUGAAAUUUCAAGGAUUGAAGGAUCUAAGUCUGAUGUACCAAAGCUGCUUUUAUCGAAAAAUGAUACACCGAACAAGUUUUGGGCGUCAGUGGAUCCCUAUUGCACCGACAUCAUGCCUGAUGAUAUUAAAUUAUUGGAGGAACUGAUUGCUACACAUGGGGACAUAAGCGAAUUCAAGAAGAUUCCUUCUUUAGGCCGUCAUUACAGCUUAAUGUGGGCACAUAACGAUUUAUUACAAGAGGAAGAUGCAGCCAACCCAAACAGAGAAAAGAAGAAGAAUCGUACAGAUAUGUCACACUUGAUAUCCAAAAGUGAUAAAAAAGCUAAUAGCAUCGCAGGACCCCUUACUCAGAGACUGGUUUCUGCACUUCUAGAGGAGAAUGUAUAUAUCGCAAAUAAUAACAUGGAGAACAAAUUAUUCCGAGAUGGAGAUCCGCCUGUCUUGAGAGAUCUAACUAUCCAGAAUUCCAUGAGCUUGGAAUUACGAAUGCAUAAAGAACUGGUUGAGCAAGGUAUCUUGGAACCCGAUGCACAAAAAAAGAAUCAAGAGGACGAUGAAAUUCUUGCAGAAAUUAAAAGAUGCCAACAAGAACUUUCUGCAUUGUCUAAUCAUAAUGUUACGCAGCUGAAGAGACUGUUAAAUCUAGCUCAGGAGGAGAGCAAGCGGCAAGCAUUAAAACGGAAAAUUAGCGUUGCUGAUAACGAGGUGAUAGAACAUUACAAAAAAUUGACCUUGGCAAAACAGAGAAAAGUGCCAUUAACAAGAAAGGAUCAUGAAAAAGCAUGGGCAUGCCUUCGAGAAAGGGAAACUCUCUUGGAACAAUUAAAUGUUGCCAAGUAGUUUGAAGAUGAGUUAAACUAUGUAAUGAUUAUAAAAAAAUAUUUGUUGUGAUUUUUGACACUAUAAAUAUAUGAUAGUAUUAUAAAUCGUGAAUUUUCCUUAUAUUAAGAAAUAUAUAGGUUUAGUAUAAAAAAAUCAGUGCGUAACUCCAUGUACUACUAUAUAUUGUGAUCAAAAUUAAUUUGUGCAGCGUGAAUAUAGAGUUUAGAAUUCAAUAAUAUUACUCAUCAAAGUUGAGUGUAUAUUUUUUUUGGCAUGUAUGUUGCGCGAUUAAUUUUUAUUUCUAAUACUGAGAGAAUUCCAACAAUAGUUUAUUUCUAAUACUAAGAGAAGUUCCAACAAUUUGAUAUAAAUAUAAGAGAUUCCUUUUCACUAAAAAGUUAUGUUAUCAUGCAGCUAAUUUACAUUAUUUGUUUAAAGUUGUAUAAUUACUAAAUAAUAUAAAAAUUUUGAUUUUUUAAAACAAUUUUGCAGUUUUAUCUUUUAUUAAAAGAGAUAUAGACUACGUUUACACGACCUGAUUUACAAUAACAUCGAUGUUAUAACUUCGGCGUAAAUUUGGCCGUGUAAACGUAGUCAUAUUAAUUUUCAUCGAUAUUCUCUCAUUAUCAAUAUCUUCUUCUAAUGUAAAUAAAUUUUUAUAGCAUAGUUUGUAAUAUAGAACUUAUAAAUAAAAUAUUAGUGUAAAU